GGACCGUCUCCUGACGCCAGGGGUGCGGCGGCCGUUGUCCCCGUGACUCCCGCACGCCGGCUGCCGCGGCCGUUGUCCCCGUGACUGCCACGGCGCGGAGCGGAUGGGUCCCGGCAGCGCGGGGGCCGCCCCGCGCCGUCAUGCCGCGCUACUGCGCCGCGUCUAGCUGCAAGAACCGGGGCGGGAAGAGCGCCAAGGACCGGCGCAAGCCGAGUUUCUACCCAUUUCCACUACACGAUAAAGAGAGACUUGAGAAGUGGUUACAGAACAUGAAGCGAGAUGCAUGGACUCCAAGUAAACACCAGCUUCUCUGCAGUGAUCAUUUUACCCCUGAUUCCCUUGAUGUGCGAUGGGGCAUACGAUACUUGAAGCAUACUGCUGUACCAACAAUUUUCUCUUCCCCAGAUGAUGAGGAAAAAGAUUCUUCACCAAAAAGCCGACGGAAGGUGAAGAGAAAAGACCCAGAGGAAGCAAACACAAAUGUAAUGUCGAAGAAAGCACCUGUAUCACUUAAACCUUGUACACCAAAGAAAAAUCUUGUAACAACAGAAAAUGUAGAUGAAAAAGCAGAAGUAGUUUGCUCAACUGUAUUGAGUAAACCUUUACAAAUUCAAAAACUGCACCUUCAGAAUGAAGAAGACUUUCAGGCAGACAGUGUCAUUUUUGAUAGUUCAUCUAUGCAGCAUAUACAUCAACCUAAUCCUGUUUUAAUGGCAGCAGCAGUCCAGAGCAUGGAAGCUACCAGCAUUCAUACUUCUGUAGAGGAUCCAGUAGGUUGUACAGCUACGGUCUUGCACCUGAGAGACCCUGACUACUUGAACUCAUCUCUCAAACUGAAUAAUGCUUUAGGUUCAAUUACUGACCAUGCAGUUGAAAAUCCUAACUCUCAUGUUGUAGGCUGCUCCGUGGAAGUACAGCCAACAAAUGAAAAUACAAUUUUACUGAGUACGGUCACACAAACUAUUGAGCAGUUCAGUGGAAGUGAGGAAUCUGUCAUUGCAAUUAUUGUGCCAGCCGAGAAUCCAGAAGAGCCUGAAACAGUAGACAGUUCUUUCCUGCCUAUUAAGGAAGAGCUUCUUGACAUGGAAGAGAUAGAAACAGACAAAUCUGUGUAUAUGAGUGCAUAUGAUGGAUGUGAAGUGUUACAAACUGAGCAUUCAUACUGCAAACAAGACAUAGACAGAGAUCACCUUUGGGAAAAAAUUUCAAAACUCCACUCUAAGAUAACUCUGCUUGAAAUGCAGGAGAUAAAAACCUUGAGGAGACUCAGGUCCUUGGAAGCUCUUAUUGGACAACUAAAGCAAGAAAACCUGCUUUCUGGAGAAAAGCUGAAGAUUGUAGAAAACUGCUUUACAACACUUGAAGUGACUAUGAUACAGUAAAGGCUUUUGAUUAUUGUUCUAUUUGUAGCCUCUUUGAUCUUCCUUUUGUUUCAGUUAUGUUGUUUUAAACUUCUAAUGCAAAUUGUGUGAAUAGCAAAUUAACUUUAAAAUGUUACACUACCAAAGCCAGGUGGUAGAACAUUGCCUAUAAAACAUGUGUUGCAAUUAAGCUUUAAAAAAUAUUAAGCUUGUUAAGAUUUUGUUUAAAGGUAUAUUCAUUCAAGGAAGUAAAGUUAAACCUUUCUAGCUGCAGGUUCCUCUGAAACAUACAACUUCUGCAUUUCGAGUAGCAGCAGAAUGGUUUAAAAAAAAAGCAUCACAAUUCUCUUUCAAAUUAAGGAGGAGUUUUGUUCCUGUGUGACCUACUCUAGAUGGUCGUGCUCUGGCAGGGGAGCUGGACUAGAUUAUGUUUCAAGGUCUCUUCUGGCUUUUAGAUUCUGUGAUUCUGUAUGUUACACUGUCCAGUGAGGUCACAAUUACUCUUUAAUGUUAUGUUCAUCUGACAUUUGUUGUGAUAGUUUUUCAUACACUUUGACCUUACUAAAAUUGUUUCUGCAGUAAAAAGUGCUUUCUUUCAUUUAUUUUUGUAAACAAAAAUUCUUUAAGGAUAUUGUUACAGUGAACAGAUUAAUCUCUGAUGAUUCAUCUCAAAUGGAAAGAACCAUCUUAAAUAGCAAUAUUUGUGCUGGUUAGCAAAAGGGAAAGCUCUGACUAUUCAGUGAGUGCUGUCUGCUCAGCAGUGGUCCUGUUACUGUCUAUAGCUGGGUAAUGCAUAAACCCUUAAGAAUACACUGAAGGAAAAAUGAUUUGCAGAGCAAAUUUCCAGUGAAAGUGUAAGAAUCUGGCUCAUUCUUUUUCCUCAAAUUACAAGACUAUAAAACUA